AUGGAUUUAAAUUCCGCUACUGAAUAUGUGGAAGAUAUAAUAAAAAAAUUGCUGUGUAAUAGUUACACUUGGGAUGAAGUUACUACUGUUAAAACCAAAUUCCCAAUUUCAAACAACAAUCAUUCGUUAGGUGAAAUUAAAAAUAAGUUAUUAGGUGAAAUCAAGAAUUUUUCAAAAGCAUUUCAGGGCUUAAACUCAUUGGACAUCAUCUACAUUGCAUAUAAUGAUAUUAUAAAUGAAAAAGACAAAUACACGGUCAAUGAUAAAGAAUUAGUAUUAUUUUUUUGCUUGUCAAGUAGUGGUUCAAUAAUGGAUGCAUUUAAAGAGUUGAAUUUAAAAUAUCUUAAAAGAAGAAGUGCAAAAUCACUUUGUAACGUAUACUAUGGUUUGACAUCAAUCCUAAAACACAAAUAUUAUUCUACUAAUCAAGUUGAACAAGUUAGUAAAGAAUUUCAAAAUACAAAAGAUUCGGAUUUACUAGCAGAAAUUAGGUACAAAGUUGAAGAUUUUGAAGACUUGGAUGCUUAUGAUAUAAUCUAUAUCUACUUUCAAAUGGUAAAAAGUAACUCAUUAGAAAACACAUAUUAUACCCCUCAUGAUAAAUUAACAUUAGUGUAUGAAGUGUUAAAAAGUGAUGCAUUGAAAAAAACUUUUAAAUUGUUAAGUGAAACUAAAUUUACAAGAACUCCGAGUGGGCUUAAGACUUUAUGGGUUAGAACAAGUGCUGAAUUAAAUGGUAAAAUAUAUACAGAAGAUCAAUUACAAUUUGUUAGAGCUAAUUUUCAAAAUUCUACACCAGAUACAAUAUUAAAAGAUAUUGAAACCAAAAAAGAAAGUCUACAAAAUUUAGACAUUUUAGAUGUUGUAUAUCUUUAUUUCACCAAAUUGAAAAUUAAAUCAUUGAAAAAUACUUUGUAUAAUGAUAAUGAAGAAGAAUUAGUAUUACUAUAUGGAUUAACUAGAUCAGGUUCAGUUUUAGAAGCUAUGAAUAAAUUGAAAAGUGAUUAUUCACUCAGAAGAAAUGGUUCUGCCUUACUAAAAUGCUUUAAGGACUUGAAUAGAAAAUUUAGAAAUAAAACUUAUUCAACUGAUCAAAUUUCAAAAGUUAAAAAGGUAUUUGAAAAUUUGGGGUCAGAUAAUGUUAUUGAAGAAAUAAAAUCUAAGAUCAAUGAAUUUAAUGGGUUGAGCAUUAUUGACAUUAUUUAUAUUAAAUAUCAAAAGCCACUAAAUUGGAGUCCUUGUUUUGAAGCUACGAAAAGAAUUGAAAAUGGUGCUGGUAGUAAAUCGAAUAAAAAAAGAAAGACUUCCACCAAUUAUGACUGUAAUGAAUCAGGAGGAUUAAGACGUUCUUCAAGAUUAGCGGAUCAAAGAAAUUCAAAAUCUUCAAAACGUUCAAGAACAGAUGAUGUUGAUGAAGAUGUUGUUGCUGAUGAAGAAGUUGAUGUUGUUGUUGAUGAAGAAGAAGCAAAAGAAGAAGAUGAUGUUGUUGUUGAUGAAGAAGAAGAAGAAGAAGAAGAAGAAGAAGAAGAAGAAGAAGAAGAAGAAGAAGAAGAAGAAGAAGAAGAGGAAUACCAAAGAAGAAGCAAAAGAAGAAGAAGAUAA